GGAACGCCUUAGCGACACAGGCAGAGAGCGCUGCAUGCUAGAAGCUGGCAAUACCGCCGACCGUGUAGCCUAGCAGCCUAUGUUGCGGUACGCAGUGUGAAGAUAGGCUGAAUACCGCCAGAAAAAGCAAACUUAUUGGGAAGCCGCGAAUGUAAGGACAGAUCUGCCAGUUCUAGUGCACCUAAGGAUUUAGAAGAAGAGAGCGAACUGCCACCUUCACAUCCUAAUCAGGAACAGAAUACAUUCCUCUUAUCCUGAGUUAACUUCAGUGCCUCAAACACACCCCUACACCCCCGUUGCAGAACGGUGGUAUGGCUGAUAGUGGAACGGCCGUCAAGCCUCCUGAACCUGAAUCAGUCAGCAUCCCGAUGGAGGAAACCAUCUGUAAUGGGGGAACACAGGAGCCUUCUCUGUUGACAAAUCUGAAGAAGGUGGAGAACCACAUCACAGAGGCCCAGCGUUUCUCCCAUCUCCCCAAGCGUUCAGCGGUGGACCUGGAAUUCACAGAGCUCUCCUACACCAUCCGGGAAGGGCCGUGCUGGAGAAAGAGAGGUUUUAAAGCCUUACUUAAGUGCCUGUCGGGGAGGUUCUGCAGCCGAGAGCUGAUCGGAAUCAUGGGGCCCUCUGGGGCCGGCAAGUCCACUCUGAUGAACAUCCUGGCUGGCUACAGGGAAACAGGCAUGAAAGGGAAGAUCUUGGUGAAUGGGAAACCCAGAGAUCUCCGCACGUUUCGUAAGAUGUCCUGUUAUAUCAUGCAGGAUGACAUGCUGCUGCUGCACCUCACUGUCCGGGAAGCCAUGAUGGUUUCAGCCAACUUGAAGCUCAGUGAAACUAUGGAAGUGAAAAAGGAACUGGUGAAUGAGAUCCUGACUGCUCUAGGGCUCCAGGAGUGUGCUCACACUCGCACCAGCUCCCUAUCUGGGGGGCAGUGUAAACGGCUAGCAAUCGCCCUUGAGCUAGUCAACAAUCCCCCAGUCAUGUUCUUUGAUGAGCCAACCAGUGGACUGGACAGUGCCUCCUGUUACCAAGUGGUUUCUCUUAUGAAAUCUCUAGCCCUGGGGGGACGCACCAUCAUCUGCACCAUCCACCAGCCCAGCGCCAAACUCUUUGAGAUGUUUGAUAAGCUGUACAUCCUGAGUCAGGGCCAGUGCAUAUACAAAGGCACCGUCCCAUACCUCAUCCCCUAUCUGAAGAACCUGGGGCUCCACUGCCCCACCUACCACAACCCGGCAGAUUUCAUCAUUGAAGUGGCAUCGGGGGAGUAUGGAGACUGGAAUCCUGUUCUGUUUGAGGCGGCCCAGGGUGGAAUGUGUGCCAUAGAGGAGAAGGAGAAGUCAUGUGACAAAAAUGACACAUCCGCUGUUUGUCCAACAAAGUGCCUCAAGGACUCAGGAGCCAUUGAGAGCCAUUCAUUUGCUACAAGCACUUGGACACAGUUUUGCAUUCUCUUCAAUAGAACGUUGAUGACAAUAUGUCGAGACCAGGUGUUGACACACCUAAGGCUGAUGUCACACAUCUCCAUAGGAGUACUGAUCGGCUUGCUCUACUUGAACAUUGGCAACGACGCCAGCAAGGUCUUCAACAACACCGGCUUCCUCUUCUUCUCCAUGCUCUUCCUCAUGUUCGGAGCUCUGAUGCCCACCGUGCUCACAUUUCCUCUGGAGAUGUCCAUUUUUCUGAGGGAACAUCUAAACUAUUGGUACAGCCUGAAGGCUUACUAUCUGGCUAAGACUAUGGCUGACAUUCCAUUCCAGGUCCUCUGCCCCGUCAUGUACUGCAGUAUAGUGUACUGGAUGACAGAUCAGCCUCCGGAGGCCACCCGCUUCCUGCUCUUCCUGGCCCUGUCGAUCUGCACGGCCCUGGUAGCCCAGUCACUAGGGCUCCUGGUUGGUGCUGCCUCCACCAACCUCCAGGUGGCCACUUUUGUCGGCCCCGUCACUGCCAUUCCUGUUCUUCUCUUCUCGGGCUUCUUUGUCAACUUUGACACCAUUCCCAAGUACCUGCAAUGGAGCUCCUAUGUGUCCUAUGUCAGGUACGGCUUUGAGGGGGUGAUCCUGUCCAUAUACGGGAUGAACCGUACCUAUCUGUAUUGUCCGGGGAAAGUGUGUAAAUUCCAGAAGCCUGAGGAGGUCCUCCAACUGUUGGACGUGGAGGACGCCAAGCUCUACAUGGACUUCAUCGUUCUGGGGAUCUUCUUCGUGAUUCUCCGAUUUGCCACCUACCUAGUGCUGCGGUACAAGGUCAAGUCAGAGCGAUAGGUCUCACCCUCAACGCCCCCACCCUGUUCUGUGCAAAGCUAUUGUACUGUAACACGUGGGUCCAACAUCCAGUUUAUAUAUCAAUACCAUAAAUUGCUGCUUGGAAAAACUGGAAUAUAUCACUUUUCUCUGUUGAAGUCAUGAUGGGACCAGAGAAGAGACAUCUAACAAACAUAAAUGUUUUACCUCAGCAAGUAGGACUCCAAACAUCUACAAGCAUCUCUAUGUACAGUAGGGUAGUACUGAUGAGGGCACACAGACUAUUCAAAGGACUGACCUGCAGGAACAACCAAAAACAGAGAAUGUUUACACAUCAUUUAGCCUUGGCAUAGCCAGAGGACAUUCUACUGUUGCACUGGAGUGUGUCUGGUUUUAAAGACAGAAUGAAUCAGUAUUGUAAUCAAGUGUUGAUUAAAUUUCCUCAACUGAACGGAACUAUUCACUUUUCUUCCGACUAUCUUUCACUCUCAUCUACGGUUUAGUUACAGUUUUGAGAACUAGAAAAAUAAAUAUGACUUAUUUUACCUGAUAACAAUGUAUGAAAAACAAAUCUGUACAUUAUUAGGCCAUUCACUUGUUUUUAUACUGUCUGAAAAAUGUACCUUUCUCUAAAAUGGAUGAUUCUCCUAAUUAUAUAGUUUUUGGUUUCUCUAAUCAACUCUAAUCAAUUAACUGUUCACAUCCUACAUGAUGUACUGUAUGUAUGCAGCAUUGUCAAGUUUAGUUUGGGUAAUAGAUUAAAGAGGUAAUAUUAUCCUCAAACAUAUUCCUAAACCUGUCUCCACUGCCACAGUAAUGUAUAUAUUUAUAGUAUAACCAGAGAUGCAACAUUCAAACUUUACUUCUACUUAACAAUGGAUGACUUUAAAGGCCCAGUGCAGUCAAAACCGUUACUUCCUGUGUUUUAUAUAUAAUUCCACACUAUGAUGUUGGAAUAAUACUGUGAAAUUGUGAAAAUUAUGAUAGUCCUCUUAGUGUAAGAGCUGUU